UCGAUACAAACCGUCGUGCGUUUUUUCUGAAAAGCGAGCCUCGUCGCGGAGCGACGCGAUCGCCGAGCUUUGCGCUCAGUCGACCAAGUUUGCAGCUCGAAAGAGCGCCCCGUGCAACAAGUGGGCCGAGGCGAGCCAUGGAGGCGCUGCAAAACGUCAUCAACCAGAGUCAGGGAAGGGACCGUCUUCUCAGAGCGACCCAAUUUGCGUCCGCCCUGUGCGCGCACGCUCUGCGGAAUCAUUCCCGACGAAAGGAGCUCGUGAGCAAAUUCAAGAGUCUGGAGGCCAACUUGAGCGGCGGACGAAAGCUGUUCAGGCUGGGGAACGCCAUCGACGCCGGCGAGGCCGCCAAGCGCAGCGCGCGACUCUCCGACCCGGUGCUCCGCCUUUGCCUGACCGCAGCCAACGUCAACCGCGCCCUCUACUUGAUGUGCGACAACGCGCUGUGGGCCGCCGGCGCGGGCCUUCUGCCGAGUCUGGACCGGGGCCGUUGGGGCGCCGGCGCCUCGCGCUUCUACCUGCUCUCGCUGCUCAUGAGCCUGACCCGAGACGCGUACCUCAUCCUGCGGCUCGCGCUGCGGCGGGCCAGGGACGGGCGCGAAACGAUUUCGCAUCCGGAGCGGAGUCCCGAAGCAGCCCCGGCGGUCAUCCCUCAUUUGGACGCCUCGGUCCUCCUGCUCCCGCGGAGCUUCAAGUCGCACCCGGCCCUCGUUUUGGACGCCGUGAAAAACGCGUGCGAUCUGUCCAUCCCGCUGGACAGGUUGGGGAUCUACCGGUCCGAUCCGGGCGCGCUGGCCUUUUGCGGCCUGCUCUCCUCGCUCAUCGGCAUCGCCACCCUGGUGCGGCCCGAGCUGAGGCUCAAAGCGUGAGGCCUCUCCCCGCGCGCGGAUUUUGGCGCUCGGCCUCGACGCUCUUCGGAAUUGAAGGCCGCCGGCCCUUUCCCCGUUUUUUGCUUCAGGUUCCUUCCCGAUUCAAUUUUCUUGAAAAGCCGCCCCCGCGCGGAUCCAAUCAAAAGCGGCGGGCGGCGCGCCGAAGCCUCGACCGCUCCGCAACGACGAUCGCAGCUUGAAUUCGACGAAACGGCGGCGGCCCGCGGCUCGUUUUCAGCGCAGACGGUGGCCCGAAAUGGAGUUUGGAGGCUGAUUUCACAAAUGUUUCUUCAUUUUGAUUUCGAUUUGAAAUUUUUUGUAGCCCCUCGGGUUUUUCAGAUCCUUUCUUUUUUGGGUCCCUUUUUUAAUUUGACCCUCAAAAGCUUGCGCGCUCGGCCCCGUUUGCCGUCGUCCGCCAGUUGUUCAAUCGAACCUGAAUUCCUGCGUCGAAAAAUAUUUGGCCGAAUGCCUUUUGACAGAUCUUAUUCUUUCGUUUUGGCGACAGAAGACACACGAGCGGUUUGUUGUUCAAGAACAUCUUGCGCAAAUUAAAACGGUCAAAAAUUCAUUCGUCU